GGGAGUCUCGACAGCCGCCAGGUCGGGGCGCUUGGUGUCUCUAAGCUUGGGGCUAGCCAGCUUCCUGUGGUGGUUUGGCCGCUGUGGUCAUGUUCGUGUCCGAUUUCCGUAAGGAGUUCUAUGAGGUGGUUCAGAACCAGAGGGUGCUGCUCUUCGUGGCCUCCGACGUGGAUGCUCUGUGCGCCUGUAAGAUCCUCCAGGCCUUGUUCCAGUGUGACCACGUUCAGUAUACUCUGGUUCCAGUUUCUGGGUGGCAAGAACUUGAAACUGCAUUUCUUGAACACAAAGAACAGUUCUGUUAUUUUAUUCUUAUAAAUUGUGGAGCUAAUGUAGACUUACUGGAUGUCCUUCAACCUGAUGAAGAUGCCAUAUUUUUUGUGUGUGACAGUCACAGACCAGUCAAUGUUGUGAACGUGUACAAUGAUACCCAGAUCAAACUGCUCAUUAAACAAGAUGAUGACCUUGAAGUUCCUGCCUAUGAUGACAUCUUUCGGGAUGAAGAGGAAGAUGAAGAGCUUUCAGGAACUGAAACUGAAGAUGGGUCAGAGCCUUCUGAGAAGCGCACACGGUUAGAAGAUGAGAUAGUGGAGAAAACCAUGAAACGGAGGCAACGCAGAGAGUGGGAGGCUCGGAGAAAAGACAUCCUCUUUGACUAUGAGCAAUAUGAAUAUCACGGGACUUCAUCAGCCAUGGUGGUGUUUGACCUGGCUUGGAUGAUGUCCAAAGACCUGAAUGACAUGCUGUGGUGGGCCAUCGUUGGACUAACAGACCAGUGGGUACAAGAUAAGAUUACCCAAAUGAAGUAUGUAACUGACGUGGGUGUCCUACAGCGUCAUGUGUCCCGCCACAACCACCGGAACGAGGACGAAGAGAAUGCCCUGUCUGUGGACUGCACCCGCAUCUCCUUUGAGUAUGACCUCCGCCUGGCACUCUAUCAGCACUGGUCCCUUCACGACAGCCUGUGCAACACAUGCUACACGGCAGCCAGGUUCAAGCUCUGGUCUGUCCAUGGACAGAAGCGGCUCCAAGAGUUCCUUGCAGACAUGGGGCUCCCCCUGAAACAGGUGAAGCAGAAAUUUCAUUCCAUGGACAUCUCCUUGAAGGAGAAUUUACGGGAGAUGAUUGAGGAGUCUGCAAAUAAAUUUGGGAUGAAGGACAUGCGUGUACAGACCUUCAGCAUUCAUUUUGGGUUUAAGCAUAAGUUCCUGGCCAGUGAUGUGGUCUUUGCCACCAUGUCACUGAUGGAGAGUCCUGAGAAGGAUGACUCAGGGAUGGACAACUUCAUUCAGGCACUGGACUCUCUCUCUAGGAGCAACCUGGACAAGCUCUAUCAUGGCCUGGAACUCGCCAAGAAGCAGCUGCGAGCCACACAGCAGACCAUUGCCAGUUGCCUCUGCACCAACCUCAUCAUCUCCCAGGGGCCCUUCCUCUACUGCUCCCUCAUGGAGGGCACUCCGGAUGUUAUGUUAUUCUCCAAGCCAGCAUCCCUGAGCCUGCUCAGCAGACAUCUGCUCAAGUCCUUUGUGUGUUCGACAAAGAACCGGCGCUGCAAGAUGUUGCCCCUGGUGAUGGCUGCUCCCCUGAGUGUGGAGCAGGGUACAGUGACAGUGGUGGGCAUCCCCCCAGAGACCGACAGUUCAGACAGAAAGAACUUUUUUGGAAGAGCAUUUGAGAAAGCGGCAGAGGGCACCAAUUCCCGAACACUGCACAACCAUUUUGACCUUUCAGUAAUUGAACUGAAAGCAGAGGAUCGGAGCAAGUUUCUGGACGCACUUGUUUCCCUCCUGUCCUGAGUGAGUUGAGAGUUUGAUUUCUUCAGAAGUACCCACCUCCUUAUUUAUAUUAGCUGGCUUCUAUUUAGAUUGUAAGUUAUGGACAUGGUUUUAGAUGAAGGGACAGCUGGUUUUUAAUGGAAUAAAAUGCUUAUUUUGGG